GUCCAUUCAUCAGCAGCCGCGAGCUUUGGUAGCCGAAGCAGAGUUUCUUGGCGCAGCUGAAGAUGGGUCACUCCAACGUGUGGAAUUCUCACCCUAAGAACUACGGUCCUGGUUCUCGCACCUGCCGGGUGUGUGGUAACCCUCAUGGUUUGAUUAGGAAGUAUGGGCUUAUGUGUUGCCGCCAGUGCUUCCGAAGCAAUGCCAAGGAAAUUGGCUUCAUUAAGUAUCGCUGAAGGAUAUGGGGACACGCCUCUCUAACUUUGGAGGAACUUGAAGGCGUUUUAAGUUUUUGCUUUUUUACAUUAGUAACGUAGCUUGCAUUGAGAACUUUUGCUUUACGGUGUAUCCUGAACUAUAUUUAAUGUUGGCUGAGUCUUUGGUAUUCUAUAAAUGAAAAGAUUUUAAUUGGCUGAAAUCGGAUUUGAA